CUUGCUGACAAAGACCACGAUAAUUCCUUCCCCAAAGCCCAGCAGCCCCCCAGCCCCGCGCAGCCCCAGCCUGCCUCCCACCGCCCAGCUGCCCGCCAUGCCCUCCAGCGGCCCUGGGGACACCAGCAGCUCCGCUCCGGAGCGGGAGGAGGACCGCAAGGAGGGAGAGGAGCAGGAGGAGGCUCGUGGCAAGGAGGAGCGGCAGGAGCCCAGCACGACUGCACGGAAGGUGGGGCGGCCUGGGCGGAAGCGCAAGCACCCCCCGGUGGAAAGCAGUGACACACCAAAGGACCCCGCAGUGACCUCCAAGUCCCCGUCCAUGGCCCAGGACUCAGGCCCCUCAGAGCUGUUACCCAAUGGGGACUUGGAGAAGCGGAGUGAACCCCAGCCAGAGGAGGGGAGCCCCGCUGGAGGGCAGAAGGGCGGGGCCCCAGCAGAGGGAGAGGGUGCGGCUGAGACCCCGCCUGAAGCCUCCAGAGCCGUGGAGAAUGGCUGCUGCACCCCCAAGGAUGGCCGAGGAGCCCCCGCAGAAGAGAGCAAAGAACAGAAGGAGACCAACAUCGAAUCCAUGAAAAUGGAGGGCUCCCGGGGCCGACUGCGGGGUGGCUUGGGCUGGGAGUCCAGCCUCCGCCAGCGGCCCAUGCCGCGGCUCACCUUCCAGGCGGGGGACCCCUACUACAUCAGCAAGCGCAAGCGGGACGAGUGGCUGGCACGCUGGAAAAGGGAGGCUGAGAAGAAAGCCAAGGUGAUCGCAGUAAUGAAUGCUGUGGAAGAAAACCAGGGCUCGGGCGAGUCUCAGAAGGUAGAGGAGGCCAGCCCUCCUGCAGUGCAGCAGCCCACCGACCCCGCCUCCCCCACAGUGGCCACCACACCUGAGCCCGUGGGGGCGGACGCGGGGGACAAGAAUGCCACCAAAGCCGCAGAUGAUGAGCCGGAGUACGAGGACGGCCGGGGCUUUGGCAUUGGGGAGCUGGUGUGGGGGAAACUUCGGGGCUUCUCCUGGUGGCCAGGCCGCAUUGUGUCUUGGUGGAUGACGGGCCGGAGCCGAGCAGCUGAAGGCACGCGCUGGGUCAUGUGGUUUGGAGACGGCAAGUUCUCAGUGGUGUGUGUCGAGAAGCUGAUGCCGCUAAGCUCCUUCUGCAGUGCUUUCCACCAGGCCACCUACAACAAGCAGCCCAUGUACCGCAAAGCCAUCUACGAAGUCCUGCAGGUGGCCAGCAGCCGCGCGGGGAAGCUGUUCCCGGCCUGCCACGACAGCGACGAGAGCGACACUGCAAAGGUGGUGGAGGUGCAGAACAAACAGAUGAUCGAAUGGGCUCUCGGAGGCUUCCAGCCCUCUGGCCCCAAGGGCCUGGAGCCACCCGAAGAAGAGAAGAACCCGUACAAAGAAGUUUACACAGACAUGUGGGUCGAACCCGAGGCAGCUGCCUAUGCCCCACCCCCACCCGCCAAAAAGCCCCGAAAGAGCACAACGGAGAAGCCGAAGGUCAAGGAGAUAAUUGACGAACGCACAAGAGAGCGGCUGGUGUACGAGGUGCGGCAGAAGUGCCGGAACAUCGAGGACAUUUGCAUCUCUUGUGGGAGCCUCAACGUCACCCUGGAACACCCUCUCUUCGUCGGAGGAAUGUGCCAAAACUGUAAGAACUGCUUCCUGGAGUGCGCGUACCAGUACGACGACGACGGCUACCAGUCCUACUGCACCAUCUGCUGCGGGGGGCGCGAGGUGCUCAUGUGUGGGAACAACAACUGCUGCAGGUGCUUCUGUGUGGAGUGUGUGGACCUUUUGGUGGGGCCGGGCGCCGCACAGGCCGCCAUCAAGGAGGACCCCUGGAACUGCUACAUGUGCGGGCACAAGGGCACCUACGGGCUGCUGCGGCGGCGGGAUGACUGGCCCUCGCGGCUCCAGAUGUUUUUUGCCAACAACCACGACCAGGAAUUUGACCCUCCGAAGGUGUACCCACCUGUCCCAGCCGAGAAGAGGAAGCCCAUCCGGGUGCUGUCUCUAUUUGACGGAAUUGCUACAGGGCUUCUGGUGCUGAAGGACUUGGGAAUUCAGGUGGACCGCUACAUCGCCUCCGAGGUGUGCGAGGACUCCAUCACAGUGGGCAUGGUGCGCCACCAGGGGAAGAUCAUGUACGUCGGGGACGUCCGCAGCGUCACACAGAAGCAUAUCCAGGAGUGGGGCCCAUUCGAUCUGGUGAUUGGGGGCAGCCCUUGCAAUGACCUCUCCAUCGUCAACCCUGCCCGGAAAGGACUCUACGAGGGCACUGGCCGGCUCUUCUUUGAGUUCUACCGCCUCCUGCAUGAUGCGCGGCCCAAGGAGGGAGAUGAUCGCCCCUUCUUCUGGCUCUUUGAGAAUGUGGUGGCCAUGGGCGUUAGUGACAAGAGGGACAUCUCGCGAUUUCUCGAGUCCAACCCUGUGAUGAUUGAUGCCAAAGAAGUGUCCGCUGCACACAGGGCCCGCUACUUCUGGGGGAACCUUCCUGGUAUGAACAGGCCGUUGGCAUCCACUGUGAAUGAUAAGCUGGAGCUGCAGGAGUGUCUGGAGCACGGCAGAAUAGCCAAGUUCAGCAAAGUGAGGACCAUUACUACGAGGUCGAACUCCAUAAAGCAGGGCAAAGACCAGCAUUUCCCCGUCUUCAUGAAUGAGAAAGAAGACAUCUUAUGGUGCACUGAAAUGGAAAGGGUGUUUGGCUUCCCUGUCCACUAUACCGACGUCUCCAACAUGAGCCGCUUGGCGAGGCAGAGACUGCUGGGCCGGUCGUGGAGCGUGCCGGUCAUUCGCCACCUCUUCGCUCCGCUGAAGGAAUAUUUUGCUUGUGUGUAAGGGACAUGAGGGCAAACUGAGGUAGAGAUACAAAGUUAAACAAACAAAACAAAACAAAAAAAACCACAAAACACAACAAAACACCAACAACAUGAGGAUCGAGAGGAGUAUCAGCACCCAGAAGAGAAAAAGGAAUUUAAAACAAAAACCACAGAGGCGAAAGUACCGGAGGGCUUUGCCUUGCACAAAGGGUUGGACAUCAUCUCCUAAUUUUUCAAUGUUAACCUUCAGUCCUAUUUAAAAAAACAAAACCAAGCUCCCUCCCUCCUGCCCCCACCCCUUUUUUUUUGGGUCAAACCUUUUGUUUUCUACUCUUUUCAGAGGGGUUUUCUGUUUGUUUGGGUUUUUGUUUCUUGCUGUGACUGGAACAAGAGGGGUUUUGCAGCAAAAAAAAAAAAAAAAAAAAAAAAA